AUGAAAAAAAAAAAUUAUUGCUUUAAUGCUAACGUCUGUAGCAAUAAGUGGCGUGGAUUGAAAUUUCAAUUUAACAAAGCACACGAUAAUGCAUCAAAAAAAGUUACUGGUAAAGGCUGUCACACAUGGAAGUAUUAUAAUAUAUUGAAUGAGUUCUUAGGAUCUACAUCAAAUGUUUCUCCAUCAAAAGAAUGUUUGUCUUCUACAUCAUUUGGUUCACCAGUGUCAAAUACUGCAACAUGUUCCAAAAGAAAAUUGCCUAUUGGUUCACCAGGGUCAAGUACUAAAAAAUGUCCCAAAAUAAAAUCGCCCAAGGUCUCAGAGAGUGGUCGUGGGAAACAAAAGAUGUUAAGACUUAUGGAGGAAAGGGCAACCAGAGAUGAAAAGAAAAUACUUUUUCAUGAAAACCUUAUAAAUAAACUAACCGAGGCAAAUGAAAUAGAAAAAAAAAAGGUUGAGUUGUUAGAGAAGCUUUUACUUAAAAAUAAUUAUUAA